GGAACGGAACGAUAAUCAGUCCUGGCAGACAUACGGGAAAGACUCAUAUAGUACGAAGCAGACCAUGAGAACUCUAGCGAUAAGCCAACAGACAAACUGACUCUAUUUGUGAACCAUCGCCGUGCUAUCUCGCCCCAUCCUCAUAGAUCAGUGGAUGUUUGCUCUGUUUGUACCGUUUAUCCCUUUUGUUCUGUUUGUCUUAUCGGACCACUCGCCGUGUCGUUUUUCAGCAACUAUCAUUUCCCCGACUGUCAGAUACAGAGCACGAAUACCGGUCUAGUCGAUCUUUAUCUUCUUUCUUGAUCAAUUGAUCUCCGUCGCAAACAGCAAUCUUUCAAUAUGGGGUUCGGAGCUCCCGGUGGUGGCGCAGUUCCUGUCAAGCCUACGCCUCCCGAGCGUGGCAGCUUUCCUCUCGACCAUGACGGCGAAUGCAAGCACAUCAUCAGCAGCUAUCUGAAAUGUCUGAAAUCGCAACGAGGCGUGAAUGACGAGGAGUGCCGGAAACUCGCCAAGUCGUAUUUGUCGUGUCGGAUGGAUAACAACCUUAUGGCGCCGGACGACUUCAAGAAUCUCGGGCUGGUCUUCGCACAGGACAAGGGGACAUCGAGUGGGCCUGCUGAGAAUGCGGAGAAGAAGGCAUAGUUGGGUUCGCUUGGAGGAUAUGGUUCUGGAAGCUGUAUGAUAUGCUGGGAUGUUCGUGUAUAAAUAGGGUGGUUUUUGUGUGAUGAUUGAUGAUAGAUCUCCGUUUCUGGCGUUGGGUUGCUUGUUCUGUAUAUAUUGUGUAUCAUACGUGACUAGAUGUGCAAUCUUUUUUGGUGCUUUUA